GGUACUGUAGUCAAGACCGUUACAUAAUCUAAACGUACCAGUGCCAAUAUUUGAAAGAUGAUAGAUAUAAAAAAUGGAUAUAUGUAAUUGCGAAUAUGUACAAUCCACUCCCACGUGAGGUAUCCAUAUCCAAAUGUUAAGUGAUGAGCUACUUCCAAUGAUUGCCAAUAUUCAUCAGGCAAAUGCAUUUUUUAUGUUUAGAACAAUUAUUUGAUACUUCUAAAAUGAUUUAAUACUUCAGUGUUUGCUUUCGAAGAAGCAUAUCUCGAUAAAUAUUAACAAAAUACUCGUAUCUCGACUAAUAUUAUUAAAGUCAAUUCAAUCUCGAUCAAAUUUUUACAGUAAUCUUUCACUCACUAUCCGUCCUUUAUACCGAAUUAUUCGUUUCUCUUUUGUUAACUGUAAUAGUCUUUUGUUAAUAAUGAAGUAAAUUGUAUGCGGAUGAUAGUCAACUUGACAGUGCUUUACCCUGAAAACGAUUAUAAAACGAUUAUUGUCUAUUUUGAUUUAAAUAACUGUACGUAAUAAAUAAUUGAAAAGAACAAUGUAUAGUGUAUAUACUUUUUAUUGUACACUUCUGGCUAAUUGUAUAAAAUAUCUUUUUUGUAAUAUUCUGUAUUGAAUUCGAAUGUAAAUAUAUAGAUUAGUUUCGAGUAAUCGAUACAGAUGGAGCCACGUCGAAACCGCAACCAUUUUGUGGGAUCGAUUAGUUGAGAGGUCUUCGGAACGAUAUUUCUUUGAAUAAGAGAACCAAAGUCGAUAGCAUCGUAACGAGAGGUGGUCGAUAACCGAUUGUGCAUCGUUCUUUUCGAAACGAGAAAUUGAAGUUCGAUAUCUGUGAAAUAAUUCGUCAAACGGUGCUUUGAGAUAUCGGAUUCUUCGCGGUAAAUUUGUUAUACCGUAGUAGCUACGGUUUGGAGCACUGAUACUCUAAAACGCAAGCAUGUAUCGUUCUAGACGGUUACAUCUGAAAUUAUGCGAAAAAAUUACUCCGUUUUGAUAAGAAAUAAACGUUAUGAGGUAGCAAAUACAAAGAAAAUACUUUAUACUUGUAUUUUAAUACCUGAAAGAUAAGACUGGCCGGUAUAUAUUUAUUUUGAUUCGCAAUCAUGGAAAGUAAAUCGAUAGCAAUACCGAACAACGGAAAAUCUACCGCCGUAGAUGAUUCUAAGAGUGAAAUGCAAAUGGUACUUGCUAAAAUGAUGGAGGAAAAGCAUACUUACACCUAUAAAAAAUUAGUGGUACCUAUGUCAAUGAGGAGUAUUUAUUGGAAAUUCUUUGGGUUUCCAGCUACCGAUGAUGGAGAUAUCCUCACUAAAGUAAAAAUUGUUUGCAUAUUAUGUAAAACUCAAAUUGCAUAUAAUCGCAAUACUAGCAACUUACGUAUGCAUCUACAAAACAAACAUGCUCAAGAGUUAUUAGAACUAGAAGCUACUAAUCCACCACGAAGACAGGUACUGUCUCAAGAAACAAAAGACCGGAGGGCCCAAAAGCGAUUAUUAAAGGCAGGUUUAACUUCUGCACAACAUAUUUACACUACUAACGCUGAUGGUACUGUACAGAUAGAUGGAGACAUUCAGUUUGUUACUGAUCCAAAUAUAAGUUUAUCUAACAUCGAGGAUGACAUUACGAUUGGCCAACCAUUAAGAGUUAUGAUUAAGAGUGGUUCUAAUAUUGCUAACAAUAGUCAAAAUGUGGCCUUUCUUAUGCCUGAAGAAAAUCCAAUUAAUCAGUCAAGUAUUGAUGGGAAAACUGUAUCAGACGCUAUAGCAGAAUUUAUUAUAAUGGAUUUACAGUUGCCUGAGGUAGUAGAAGGUCGAGGAUUCCAAAGAUUAGUUGCAACAUUAAGGUCACCAUGUGAGAUUCCAAGUAAAAAUAAAUUAGAGGAAGAAAUCGUACCAAAAAUUUAUGACACCUUUCGUGAAUCAGUAGCUACUACUCUAUCUUGUAUUACCAGUGAAGUGGGUUUGACUAUUGAAGAGUGGAGAUCAAAUUCUGAUGAACGUUUUGUUACUAUCUCAGUCUAUUAUCAGAAUGUUGGUGAACCUAUCUUAGAAUGUAAAGUAUUAAGUACAAUUCAUGCCCCUUUGGAUUGGGAAGAAUCUCAAUGGGGCAACACAAUAGAUUCUUUGUUGCUUGAUUGGGAUUUGAAAAUUGAAAGGAUAACUGCUGUAGUAAUAGCUACAUCCAGGGCAGAGCUGCUGACUGCAUUAACGAAUCGAGGAUUGACAUUAGUUCCUUGCUUACUUUACACAUUACAAGUAUGCGCUCAGGCAUGUUUUGAGAAUCCAGAUGUUGCUUCUAUAUUAUCUAAAUGUAGAGCAGCUAUUGGAGCCAUCAUAAGUCAUCCAGCUGCAUCUGCAGCUUUAGCUAUGCAAGAACAGUUAUUGGAGUUGGACGAAAAUACGAUGCUGAUGGAUUAUCCGCCUGUUUGGACGUCAACGUACAAUAUGCUUGAACAGAUGGUCCUGCGUCGUAACAUCGUAACAUCAAUUUUAGAAAGCAUGGAAGGGGUUGAUCAAGAAAUGGUUGAUUUAACAAAUGAACAGUGGAAGAUCGUAGAAGAUCUUGUAAAUGUUCUAGAACCAUUUAAAGUUACUAUAAUGACGCUUAGCGAGGAAAAGAUGCCUUUGAUAUCCUUAUUAAAACCGUUACUUUGGCAACUUGUAUCUUCUCAUCUAAAAGUAAAAGAAACCGAUAGCGAUACAGCAAGAUCUUUCAAAGAAUCAUUGUCUGAUAUGCUUUGUGAUAGAUAUGCAGAUUACAAUGUUACUCUUUUACUCCAAAUUGCCACUACUCUAGAUCCAAGAUUUAAACAACUUCCAUACGCCACUGAAGAAGAUAAAAAUUUAGUUGCAACUCCCAUCAAGGAAAUGUUGACGAAAUUAAUACAGGAAGAAUCUGGAGAUGGUACAACUAUUAAAAUCGAGGAGGAACCGCCAAGCAAAAAAAGUCGUUUAUCUGGUAUGGAACUUUUACUUGGUGGUUUAUGUUCAACGAAAAGUGGCAUGCCGGCUGAAGAAAAAGCAGAUCUGGAACUGGUACAAUACCAUUCGGAAGCUACUGCGCCACUUGAUUGCUGCCCCCUUCAGUGGUGGGCUAAAAUAUCUGCAAAGUGUCCAAACUUAGGGAAACUGGCUUGUAGAUACAAUUGUGUGCCCGCAUGUUGCGCACCGCCCGCUAGAAUCCCGGCAGAAGUACAAGUAUUAUACGAUACGAGGCGAGCUGCCAUACCUUCUCAUUUAAUAGACAAACUUCUCUUUCUUCAUGGGAAUCACACUGUUUGAGAAGAACAUUGAUUUCUGUUAAAAAUAUUUGA